UGAGCAAAUGAUGCUUAUAAAGGGCUAGAAAGUUCUGGUUGGUGCUCAUGAACUUGGAGAAGAAUUGAACAGUUGCCAGGAUGAUGAAACCCUCUCUUUUCCUUGCGCUGCUGCUCCUGCACUCAGCCUACACCUAUGAGAAUGUGGCCCUGCGCGGAAAAGCAACCCAGUCACACCGUGGGUUGCAAACCGGUGGAGCGGCCUACAACGCCAUUGACGGAAACCGGAACGGUGACAUCAGUACUGGAUCGUGCUCCUUCUCCACUGUACAGACCAGACCCUGGUGGAAGGUGGACCUGCUAGAGUCCUACAUCAUCACCGCCAUCACUAUUACCAGCAGGUCAGACUGCUGUGCAGAGGGACUCAACAACUUGGAGAUCCAUGUAGGCCAAUCAAAGGUUGCUACUAUUGCCACAAUUGGUCUUAAUGAAUCUUUCACUCACUCCUUUCAUGAACGUGUAGAGGGGCGUGAGGUGACUUUAGAGCUGCCUGGUGACAACCGGCUCCUCGUACUUUGUGAAGUGGAAAUCUACGGGUACCGAGCACCAACUGGUGAGAUCAUGAUCUAUAAAGUCAAAUGACAUCAUGAAAUGUUUUGUAUAUGCUAAGAAGC